AUGGAGUAGAUAGAAAGUGUAGAGGGAAAGUUAUUUUAUAAAAUAUACAUGUUAUGUAAAGGCAAUCAGAUAAAUGAGUUUUAGAAAGGAAAAUUAAAAGGUAAUUGAAAAAACAGAUCAUCAUAUAGAUUUGGUAAUUUAGAGAGACGAAAGAAUUGGAAUGGCUAUGACUCAAUAUCUAGAAGACAGGGAUGAGUUUCGGUUACUUGAGAACUUUCAUAAUUGCUCUUGUGAAGAGUAUUCUCCAAAAAGUUAUAAUAAUUUAUCUGACGACGUUUCAAAUGGAAGUUCCAGUAAAUAUAAAGGAAAAAGACCUGCAAAAAUGCAAUUACCUCUAAAGACUUUUAUGAUAAAUUUAAGGAAGUAUAAUGCAUCAUUUCCUAAAUUAGAAAUACAGAUAUAACUACUAGUUCUAAAGGAUUUUAUACUAGUACAGCUAGGUCUGGAGGUAAUAGGAACUAUGCAAAUUUUAAUGAGCGAUUCUAAUAAUCAAAUUGGAGUGAAUGCGAAUGA